AUGGGGGUCUUCCAAGCUACGGGGGAGGUGAAGGUGGACCCCGACAAGCCCCUUGAAGGCGUGAGACUGGCGGUUCUGCAGGCUCAGAAGACGUUGUUGGUUCCUACACACCUCGCCUCCGCACUGGCCUCUUCAACAGGAUCACCCUCCCCCUGGGGGCCACCAAAGAGGUUCUGAGGAUCUGCUCCACCUCACAGGGAGUGCGGGAUUACAGCGUCCCCCUGGGGCUGGACGAUGCAGUGCAGGUGAAUCUGGUGGUGGUGGGUUCCGUGGCAGUGUCAGAAAAAGGGUGGCGGAUCGGAAAAGGAGAGGGGUAUGCGGACAUGGAAUACGCCAUGAUGGUGGCUAUGGGGGCGGUGACGGAUCAGACCAUCAUAGUCACGGUUGUUCAUGACUGUCAGGUGCUCGAUUUCCUGGAGGAGCUGCUGGGUGACCAUGACCUGACAGUAGACUACAUCCUGACACCCACGCGGGUCAUAAAGACCGACUGCACUCGCCCCAAGCCAAAGGGGAUCAUAUGGUCCAAGAUAAGCCAUGAGAUGAUGAAGAAAAUUCCGAUCCUGAAGAAACUUUGGGACAAAGAACGGCGUUUAGGGAAGGAUGUGACGCUAAAAGAUGAACCGGAUUCUUCAAUGAAGAACACCGAUCAUACCUCCACCUCUCUACACAGCAAUAGAGAGGCUCUCCCUUCUCCUGUACGACCGAAGGCAGCACACCCACCGACCGCAGAGACAGAUCCACUGUCUACAUCGGCGAUAUCCCUUCCACUACACGGGUCAGCGAACUGAAGAGUAUACUGAGGAGCCGGAACGCCGUCCCCUUCCACCUCACCUGGCAGGGAGGCCAGCGCAGAGCCUUUCUGAACUACAGUGACCCCACCCAGGCGGCACUUGUGCUGGAAAAGCUGGAGGGAUUAAAUAUUGAGGGUCACCCUGUAAGGGUGGAAAUGGCUAGAGGUCAGCGGAGCAGAGGUGGCCUAGGUGAAGAGCAGAGGAAGUAA